UUAACGUUAUCAACAAGUAAAUACGCAUUAUUAUUUUUGAUUUUUUUAUUUCUGUCACAAUUGAUAAAAAUCAUAUUGAUUUAUUUUUUUAAUCAUACAAUGAAUUAUUACAUACUUUUAUUGAUAUUUUUCAGCAUUAAUUCAAUCAAUGCUCAUUUUAAUGAAAAUCAAAAUAAUGGAUGUCACUGCGUUAAUUACAACUGUGGAUGCUGUGAAAAAUUAAAUUUACCUGAAAUUCAUGGAAUUGUUUGCUCAAAUUUUACAUAUUUAUCCGAUGAUUAUGGAAUAUCAUUGACAAUAACUUACAACAAUUAUACAUUGUACAACGAAACAAUAUCAGCACGUAAUCCACCACCAAUUUGUGUCGGAAUUCCCGAAUUUGAAAAAAUAAGUGCUGAAAUUUGUAUAACCUUUUAUGACUUAACCUUUAAGAUGCAUCACUUUCAUUGUUGCUCUAAUUUGCGAGUUGCCAUUUAUCACGUAAUUCAUAAAGAAAUAAAUUUAGGCUGUUUUGACAUUCCUUCGGUUCGAAAGAAAAAUUAUCCUAACGUAAUUGUUAUUUAA